UCACAAACCACACCUCUCUGGAGAUGUCCACCUCUUCUGGCUUCAGUGCUGCUUGCAGAGACUGACAAACACAGCAUCAUUCAGGCAAAAAAGCCAUGCGACCUUCUUUCUCUGUGAGCCUUGAGCCCGGUUUGGAGAGAGGCAUCCCUUGGGGUCGUGACCUUUUCACCUUUGUGACUUCAGCGGCAGGUCACAUGAUGCGAACCCUUGAAAAACCACGAAAGAGCCGUCCGUCCAAACGGCAGGUCAACCAUCGCCGCUUCCUGCACAACAUGAUUCAGAGGAAAUUCGCAGACAUAGAAGCAGCGAACCACCGGCUAUCAUCGGCCCUUUAUGAUAAGGAUGAAGAAAAAAGCACACCAGCUCUUUCGGAGCCAGAAAGUCCCCCUUCAGAAAGAGGCUCUCAGCAGGAGACGGAUCAAUACAGUGUUUACACUGAUUUAGAGGGGAUUUCAGAGUCAAGGAGCGGCGCCUCUGAGGAGAGGGAAGAGAAGCAGUUGGAUGAUAAACAUCUCUGGACAACACGUCCUCAAAAAUCCACCUGCACGGCUAAGAUGAACAACCAUAACAAAAUGAGACAAACUAAGGAAAAAAGAGGGAAAAAAGUAACUCCAUCCUCUUAUAUGAAUGACCAGAAUGAUAAAGACAGCUCUGAAGAAGUAGAGCUACUUCUGUCUGAAAAUCCCAACAACAACCAAAUCCAAAUGAAUCCUGUGAACAACAUUUCUGAAAACAAUCAAAGACUCCCCAAACAUCCCAGUUUCAUCCUUUUUGCCCCAAACGAGUACAGUUCUCCUCCUUUCUCCCCUGAGCUCUCUCCGUUGUCUCUUGACUCUUGUGAUUUCUCUGCUCAGAUGUUGAGCGACCUCUCUGGAUGCACACAGGAAACCAUCACAGAUGGUCUGACUGACAUAACCGAGCUCUACAGGGUUAGUAACCAGGACUCAGUGGGCUAUAUGGACGUAGAAUCCUACUUUGAACGUAUGUGUUCAUGCCAGGUGGAGGCUGGGUCGGAGGUCUGUCCGAAUGAGGAUACCACGGUUGGAAACCUGACAAACGACUUUACUGGGUCGGAGAACGUGCAUGAAGGGGAGUGUAUAUGUAGCCAUGAGAACAGCUGUGAAGAAGAUCGAGGAGCAACAGCCGAUUAUUUCCAAAGUCACCUGAGGAGUUCACAACUACCAGGACAAAGCGAAUACCCUGACACCAAGCAGGCAUAUCACGGCAUGGAGGGAACCCCCAUCAGCCAGGAGUACAGCAUCACAGAGCUCCAGACGCAGGAGGGGAACUCCUGCAUGCUGGUAAACAGCCUGAACCUUACACCGUUUGAGGGAGUGGCUCAAUCUUUCCCUGUUCCUCCUCAUCAUGAGCAUCGCCCCAUACUAACACCUCCUCAUGAGGAUGACUGGCUGUUUCCUGAUAUCAUGAAGGAUAGAGACCCUUACUACCCUUACUACUAAAGCCACACUGGCAUGGAGAUAUAAAUCCACGGCUAAGCCAAUAUUUAAGAGGAAACUUUGAGAACAAGUUAUAAAUAGCUAAAUUAAAUCCAUUACUGUUUACUGUCUUUAAAACAAAAUAAUGUUUUGGAGAUUGUAAAACAUGGAUUGCAUAGAUAUUUUUCACACUGUUUUCUCAACCCACAGGAUGAGUAGUUCAUCAUAAAAGUAUUCACACCCCCCUAAGGUAGCCAAUGAAGGGAAGCUAAAAUUGAAGAAAUUAGAUCUCUCUUUUUAAUUUUAAUAAUCUCUCUUAUUAAUUUGCUACCUUCUUAAAGAAGUUGGUUGAUUUACAGGUAUCAAAGUA